UACUUAAUAAUGCUACCACAGAAGAAGAACCUACUAGCAACGUCCAUGCGAAUGUCAACUGUAUGUUGAGACUUUUUGUUGUAAACUUCGUUAAUGCCAAAACGCAAAGAUGUCGACAGCAAUGAAUUUUGGAAGUAAAUCGUUCCGCCCUCGUGCUCCAGACAAAGGAGCUUUUCCUCUGGAUCAUUUUGGAGAAUGCAAAGCUUUCAAAGAGAAAUUUAUGCGAUGCCUCAGAGACAACAGUCACGAUAACUCCAAGUGUCGACUGCAGUCCAAAGACUACCUAGAAUGCAGGAUGGACAAGCAACUCAUGGCGAAGGAGCCUUUGGAGAAGCUUGGAUUUAAAGACCUCAUGGAUCAACCCAGCACUGAGAAGCCAGAGACCAAACCACAAGGAUAAUAGGCCCUCUCUCUUUGAGAAGCACACCAGUGCGGACAUGCUAACUGGUGUUCCCUCAAUCUUGUACAUAAAUUGUUAAUGUGUGUAAAUUAUAUUCCCCAUCCCACAAAGACUGUAUAUAAAAUAUGUUGAUUUAAACUCAG